AGGUGUAAAGAUUGGGUCGGUCUUGAUCACAAUAAAGACCGACUCAAUACUAUGAUUAAGGUCUUCGUUCUUGGUCUUCGUUUAGCUCUUGCUCUUAUCUUCGUUCUUCGCCUUGUAUAUUCAAUGUUCGACUUGAUCACGGCAGUUUGGCAUUAUCAAAACCUGUUACAAAAACGAACACGGCUUUUAGUACGAAAACGUGACAAGCCCGUGUUUCAACAUAUUAACUGUGAAAACUAACCCAUCCAUAUUCAUUACUGCUCAUAAUACCCACCAAAUUUCGUACACUAUCUAAAGUUCCCAACAACUCUAGAUUUACAUUAUUUUCACAUUUUCAAAAGAAACGAUUAAAUUUGUUACAAAGUCUAUUCACCCCCCCCCCCCCUCUAGACUUUGCAUCUCACCACUUUGGGACCACCAAUUGGUAUCGGAGCAGCCUUCUCACUAUAUACAUUUAGAUUAACGAGAAGCGAUCAUAAUGGUGAACAAUAUGGAUCACGGUUUGCCCAAGUUUUCUCUUCUAGGUUAUGAUGAUUGGAAGAUCAUGAUGGAAGCACACCUUUACGCUCUACAUGAUUGCAUGUGGAUGGUGCUUGAAGAUGGACCCUUGAAAAUCCAAAUGGAGAACCCUCAGAGGAAUCCAGCCAAUCCUGAUGUUGUCCAGUACAUUCCAAAGCCCAAGGAGAAAUGGGAUGAUAGAGAUUGCAUGAAGCACAAUCUAGACAACGUCGCCAAAGUAGCCAUCUUCAAGAUACUUGAUCCCAUCACCUUCUCCAAGAUCAAGCAUCUCAAGACUGCCAUGGAGAUUUGGCAAGGUCUUGGGAAGCUGUGUGAGGGAUCGGAGGACCUGAGAAAGCAGAAGACAGAAGUCCUGCUUCAGAAGUUCAAAAGCUUCAAAAUGCUUCCCGGAGAAUCAUUUGAUAAGUUGGAUGAAAGAUUCCACAAAAUCUUAAAUGAUCUUGCAUCACUUAACCACGUUCUUUCUCCCAAAGAAAAGAAAGUAAGGUUACUGAGAUCUCUUCCAACUGAGUGGUACACCAAAGCCACAGCCAUGGAAGAAGGAAGAAACCUAGAGAACUACACUAUCCAAGGUCUCCUUUAUGAACUCAGAACCUAUGAGCAUGAGCUGAUGAAGAAGAAGGAAGAAAAAGUCACUCCCUUCCCCACGGCAUUGAUGACAACUCCCAGAGUCCCACCGAGUGAAGGGACAUGCCCAAGGAGCUGUGACACACCUUUCUCCAGCCAGCCGACAAGCUCAAAAAUAGAGAACUAUGAUAAGGAAUUUGCCAUGAUGGUCAAACAAUUCUCAAAGUUCAAGAAGUUCUUCAAGAAAGCUGACUCAGUCAGAAGGCCAUCCAAGGGAAAGCCACAGGUAAGUGACUCCCCUCCUGUGUCUUAUUUGUGUUAUAACUGCAGGAAACCUGGUCAUUGGAAGUCAGCGUGCCCGUACCCAAAGGUGGAGAAGUACGGAGAAAGAGAAAGGAACGAAAAGAAGAAGAAAGCAAUGGUUGCAGCUGAAAGUGACGAGUCAUCCAGCUCAAGCUCGGAUGAAGAAGCCCUCGCCUGCAUGGAGCGCAGAGCUGAGAAGUCCAACCAUGAGGAUCGGUGGACUAUGUCAGAAGAUGACACCCUCUGCCUAAUGGCCAAAGAUGAUGUUGAUCAAGAGGUAACUUCACAAACCUCCUGUUCAUCUUCUUAUGAAAGCAUACCAACUUCUGAAAGUCUUUUUGACAAGUUCAAAAAGAUGAUGAAAGAUUUUGAGGAAAUAAAUCUCAAACACUCAUCCUUAACAGAGGAGAACAAGCUAUUGAGUGAAGAGAAUCUCAAUUUGACUGAAGGUCGGAAAAGUCAACUAGAUGAGAUCACUCAACUCAAGACUGAAAAUAAAGCUCUCUCUAAAAAGGUGAAAUCCCUCAACAAGGAGCUAGGGAUACUUAAGUCCAAAGAUGCAGUGGAUAAGCUUCUUGAAGCGACCAAACAAAAGGGUCGUGAAGGACUUGGGUUUGACCUUUCCAGUUCCAAAAGGAAAGGGAGAACAACUUUCAUCCCUCCUAAACCUACUGCCAAACACAAUAAGCAGAAAGGGAAAGAGAAGGAGAAAUCCACAGAAGUUCCCAAAAAGGAAGCCGCUAAGUACCCAGGUGUUUGGUACUUAGAUAGUGGCUUUUCAAGACACAUGACGGGUGAUGCGAGCCUCUUGAGCAAUAUAAUUCCCUAUAAUGGUCCAAGAGUUACUUUUGGAGGAAGCAAUGAUUUUGGCCUUACUAAAGGGCUAGGAUAUCUGGUGUACAAAGGACUAAUCAUCCAAGAUGUAUCUUAUGUUGAAGGUCUCAAUUAUAACCUUCUUAGCAUAAGUCAGUUUUGUGAUAAAGGUUACUCCUUGGAAUUCUACAAAGACAUGGCAUCCCUCAAGAACAUCUCCACAAAUGAAGUCAUUCUCAUUGGGAAGAGAAUCCGAAACAUCUAUGAAGUAAUGUGGGAUGAUGUCAAGGAAGCUUGCCUAAUCAGCAAAGGUGACACUAACCUUCUAUGCCUUUGGCAUAAGAGGUUGAGUCAUCUCAACUUCAAAACUCUCAACAAGAUGUCCAAAGAAGGGUUAGUAGAAGACAAGGAUGAAGAAGUCAAUGAAGGAAAUAGGAUGAAACCUACGGAGUUCAUUCCAUUCGAAAGUCUACCACUAAAAACUUCACAAAGAAAUCCAGAUUCAGACGGUGCUGAGCCUACCGGAAAUCUUGGCCAGCCCUCCAAUAUUCCAGAUUACCCACAUGGCGACAAUUCCGGAAAAGGCGACCCAGUGCCAAUCCAUUCGGAAUCACCAACAAACUCUGUUCUUCAACCAGAAGCUGAACUAGAUCAACCAGUGUAACACCCGCCUUCUGUGGACCCAGUUCACCCGCGACCCAACGGACCGGUAGGGUUACAUGGGCGGUCCGAGAACCAUCCGUAAAAAAAAAGGCAUUAAUAACUAUUUAUUAUGAAAACGGUUGUGUUUUAAUUGAUGAAAUAAAUGCUAGGGAAUUAA